GAUAAUAUCUACUGUAGUAAUUUCUGUUUUUGGAAUAGGUCAUAACAGUAUCAUGAAGAACCUUCCUUGCACUAUACUCCGAUGUGCACUCCAGCUGUGUAUGAGCGAAACGCUUAGCAUAGGUUAUUUUCACAAACAACUUCGGUAUAGUAGGAUAAUUCCUGAAGAUGCAGAGCUCAGUCAAAGCUCAAUUACACAUUCCCGACUUCUUCUUUCUGUGCAGACCUAGUACUAGGAAGGAGCCACCCUAAUACUCUAGUCAAUCUCAAAUGAAGGCCUUUUGUUUGUUGUGAAAAGCUCUUCCGCAAACUUAUCAAAUAAACAAUACAUCUCUAUAUUAUAUAUAGCAAUUCAUAAAUCAAUAUGGCUACAGAAAAGGUUACACGUCCACCGAAACCAAUAGUCGUUCCUAUCAAAGCCUCAGGUGCUCUAGGGGAAUAUGAUAUAUCAUUCUCUCAACACGAUUUUGUGGUCGAAUUAUCCAAGGCCCCUUGGUUGGGAGCAUAUAUCGAUUUGGUGCCAAGAGUAAAUGGACAUUAUUCCCAAGAAGGCUAUGGGUGCUACUACGAUCCAGAUGAAUCCGUCCCCUACUUCUUCGUAGCUGCUCAGGGAACCAUAUGUGGAUAUUUCUUCUGCCUCGAAAUGCUUCCUAUUGAGCUUUCACAUUACUAUAAACUCUGCCAAACGCUUCAAGUUGUAUCAGCCAAGGGUCUCUCUUCAAACCCCGAGUCUCUACAGGAAUUAUGGGAUACAAUUGCAUUCCUUGAUAAACCAGAGACCUCCGAAGAUGACAAAAAGAGCCGUUCAAAAGUUGGCACUCCUGCUUUCAAAUUUGUGUAUUUAAUGAUAAUGGGCGACUUCGACCUCGACUCGGAGGCUCUGGAAGCAAAGCAAGAGCAGGCACUAAUGUUCGUGAAGACCAUUUUAUUUAAUAAAGAUUAUAUCAGAUGGGAAACAAGAAUGGUUGUUCGAGCUGCGUAUCAAGUCCGAUUUGAGACCACUUGGGAAGUAUUUAAGAUGUUAGAUGAUUUUGGGGGGCAAUUCGCAUCAAAAGAAGAAGAUUUCGAAGCGAAAGAAGCAGUGAGAGAAGAGGCAGCGAAGAAAAAGGCAGCGCAGGAAAAGGUAGCUAAGGAAGAAGCAGAAAGGAAACGGGCGAAAAAGCAAAGGGCGUCAAUACAACAGCAUAGGAAGUAGGACUGUGAUCAUAACUUUGUAUAUUCAGGCUUAUACAAUUUCAGCGAUUAGCAGGAGUAAUUCUAUGACUAUGAGUUAGCAGCAAAGCAAUUAUUGAGUUGGUACGUCAAAUUCUAUACUCAUUAGUAUCAGGCUUUUAAUCCAUCUAUAUGUCCCCGCGAAGUCUCCA